AUGUCUACUUUCACGUUAUCUUCGAUGAAGACUCUCAGCAAUUUGGAAAAUAAAGACACAGUGUCGGCUGUGUACAACACUCAGGCACCUCAAUACCUGAGUCUCAUGAACGUUGCAGAAGACGAAGAGGAUGAUAUGGUCGUCGAUUUGAACUCGGGUUCAUUGCAGGCAGUGUCUGUGAAAACAUGGGUGUGUAUGGCAGAGAUAACGGAGCAGUUAAGGAAACUGUAG